GAGAGGCCAGUCGCUGCCUUGCACUUCCGGGUCACAGGUUGAUCGUGUGUUCCGCGUUCCUCCGCCGUCUGUGUUCUGGGAGGAAGUUGGGCCUGGCAAGCGGGAGAGACGAAACGAGGCCGGAGAGCCAGCUUGAAACACCAUGGCUGGGGUGUUUCCAUACAGACCUGGGGUUCCCCCCAUGCCUGGACCACCACCAAUAGCGCCAGAUUACAUGUCUGAAGAAAAGUUACAGGAGAAAGCUCGCAAAUGGCAACAGCUGCAGGCCAAACGUUAUGCAGAGAAAAGGAAAUUUGGCUUUGUGGAUGCUCAGAAAGAAGACAUGCCCCCAGAGCACGUGCGGAAAAUCAUCCGUGACCAUGGUGACAUGACAAACAGGAAGUUCCGUCAUGAUAAGAGGGUCUACCUCGGAGCUCUGAAGUAUAUGCCACACGCAGUGCUGAAAUUACUAGAAAACAUGCCCAUGCCUUGGGAGCAGAUUAGAGAUGUGCCAGUGUUGUAUCAUAUUACUGGAGCCAUUUCUUUUGUCAACGAGAUCCCUUGGGUUAUUGAACCUGUUUACAUAGCACAAUGGGGGUCCAUGUGGAUCAUGAUGAGGAGAGAAAAGCGAGACAGGCGUCAUUUUAAGAGGAUGAGAUUUCCCCCCUUUGAUGAUGAAGAGCCACCUCUGGAUUAUGCUGAUAACAUUCUUGAUGUGGAGCCCCUGGAGGCUAUUCAGCUGGAGCUGGACAAUGAAGAAGAUGCUCCAGUCAUGGACUGGUUCUAUGAUCACCAGCCCCUAAGAGACAACAGAAAGUAUGUGAAUGGGACAACAUACCAACGUUGGCAGUUCACACUUCCUAUGAUGUCCACUCUGUACCGACUGGCCAAUCAGCUGCUCACAGAUCUAGUUGAUGACAACUACUUUUACCUUUUUGAUUUGAAAGCUUUUUUCACAUCUAAGGCUUUAAACAUGGCAAUUCCAGGUGGGCCAAAAUUUGAGCCAUUGGUUCGCGAUAUAAAUUUGCAGGAUGAAGAUUGGAAUGAGUUCAAUGAUAUUAACAAAAUCAUUAUUCGCCAGCCAAUUCGCACAGAAUACAAAAUCGCAUUUCCGUAUCUGUACAACAAUCUCCCUCAUCAUGUGCAUCUGACAUGGUACCAUACACCAAAUGUGGUUUUCAUAAAAACAGAGGAUCCCGAUCUCCCAGCUUUUUAUUUUGAUCCUCUUAUCAACCCCAUAUCACACAGACAUUCUGUAAAGAGUCAGGAGCCUUUACCAGAUGAUGAUGAAGAGUUUGAGUUGCCAGAAUAUGUGGAGCCAUUCCUCAAGGAAACUCCUCUUUAUACAGACAACACAGCCAAUGGCAUAGCUCUGCUUUGGGCGCCUCGCCCAUUCAACCUGAGGUCUGGUAGAACACGAAGGGCUGUUGACAUACCUCUGGUGAAGAACUGGUACCGGGAGCAUUGUCCAGCUGGUCAGCCUGUUAAAGUUCGUGUCUCUUAUCAGAAACUGCUGAAGUACUAUGUCCUUAAUGCUCUUAAACAUAGACCACCUAAGGCCCAGAAAAAGAGGUAUCUAUUCCGCUCAUUCAAAGCUACAAAGUUUUUCCAAUCCACUAAGCUGGACUGGGUGGAGGUUGGACUUCAGGUUUGUCGCCAAGGCUACAACAUGCUGAACUUGCUGAUCCACAGAAAGAACUUGAAUUACCUUCACUUGGACUACAAUUUCAAUUUGAAACCUGUAAAAACUCUUACCACCAAGGAACGUAAGAAGUCUCGAUUUGGCAAUGCCUUUCAUUUGUGCCGAGAGGUUCUUCGUCUGACCAAACUGGUGGUGGAUAGUCAUGUGCAGUAUAGGCUUGGUAACGUGGAUGCCUUCCAGUUAUCAGAUGGACUUCAGUACAUCUUUGCCCACGUGGGCCAGCUGACUGGCAUGUACAGAUACAAGUACAAACUUAUGAGACAGAUCCGAAUGUGCAAAGACUUGAAACACUUAAUCUAUUACAGGUUUAACACAGGUCCAGUGGGAAAAGGACCAGGUUGUGGCUUUUGGGCAGCUGGGUGGAGAGUUUGGCUUUUCUUUAUGCGCGGCAUCACCCCGUUGCUGGAGAGAUGGCUUGGAAAUCUUCUGGCUAGACAGUUUGAAGGUCGUCAUUCCAAGGGGGUAGCAAAAACCGUGACAAAGCAGAGAGUGGAAUCUCACUUUGAUCUGGAGCUGAGAGCAGCCGUCAUGCAUGACAUUUUGGACAUGAUGCCAGAGGGUAUCAAGCAGAAUAAAGCAAGGACUAUCCUGCAACACUUGAGUGAAGCCUGGAGAUGCUGGAAGGCAAACAUUCCCUGGAAGGUACCUGGUCUUCCUACACCUAUUGAGAACAUGAUUCUCCGGUAUGUAAAAGCAAAGGCUGAUUGGUGGACAAACACUGCUCAUUACAACAGAGAGCGUAUUCGUCGUGGUGCAACUGUGGACAAAACUGUGUGCAAGAAGAACUUGGGCCGUCUGACUCGUCUGUACCUGAAGGCUGAGCAAGAAAGACAACACAACUACCUAAAGGAUGGGCCCUACAUCACUGCUGAAGAAGCUGUAGCAGUAUACACCACCACAGUGCACUGGCUGGAAAGCAGAAGGUUCUCUCCCAUACCAUUCCCUCCUCUUUCAUACAAACAUGAUACUAAACUGCUCAUCCUGGCUCUUGAGAGAUUGAAGGAAGCAUACAGUGUGAAGUCCCGUUUAAAUCAGUCUCAACGAGAAGAGUUGGGGUUGAUUGAACAAGCGUAUGACAAUCCCCAUGAAGCUUUGUCCAGAAUCAAGCGUCACUUGCUCACUCAAAGAGCUUUCAAGGAGGUGGGAAUAGAGUUCAUGGAUCUUUACAGUCACCUAGUCCCUGUCUAUGAUGUUGAGCCUCUCGAGAAGAUCACUGAUGCUUACCUGGAUCAAUAUCUGUGGUAUGAAGCAGACAAGAGACGACUCUUCCCUCCUUGGAUCAAACCUGCAGACACAGAACCCCCUCCUUUGCUUGUGUACAAGUGGUGCCAAGGCAUCAACAACUUGCAGGAUGUGUGGGACACCACUGAAGGAGAAUGCAAUGUAAUGCUUGAGUCUCGGUUUGAGAAGAUGUAUGAAAAGAUCGAUUUGACUCUGCUGAAUCGUCUUCUGCGUCUAAUUGUCGAUCACAACAUUGCUGAUUACAUGACAGCCAAAAACAACGUUGUGAUCAAUUACAAAGACAUGAAUCACACAAACUCCUAUGGCAUUAUUCGAGGACUCCAGUUUGCUUCUUUCAUUGUUCAGUAUUAUGGUCUGGUGAUGGAUCUGUUAGUCCUAGGUUUGCACAGGGCCAGUGAGAUGGCUGGCCCACCUCAAAUGCCAAAUGAUUUCUUGAGUUUCCAAGAUGUGGCCACAGAAGCUGCUCACCCCAUUCGCUUGUAUUGCAGAUACAUUGAUCGCAUCCACAUUUUUUUCCGAUUUUCAGCCGAUGAUGCUCGAGAUCUUAUUCAGAGGUACCUUACAGAACAUCCAGAUCCCAAUAAUGAGAACAUUGUAGGGUACAACAAUAAAAAGUGUUGGCCGAGAGAUGCCAGAAUGAGACUUAUGAAGCAUGAUGUUAAUCUUGGCCGCGCUGUGUUCUGGGACAUUAAAAACCGUCUUCCUCGUUCUGUCACUACUGUACAAUGGGAGAACAGCUUUGUGUCUGUGUACAGUAAAGACAACCCCAACUUGCUCUUCAACAUGUGCGGAUUUGAGUGCCGAAUUUUGCCCAAGUGUCGUACAAGCUAUGAGGAAUUCACUCAUAAGGAUGGAGUCUGGAACCUGCAGAAUGAGGUGACCAAAGAACGUACAGCUCAGUGUUUCCUGCGAGUAGAUGAUGAGUCCAUGCAGAGAUUCCACAACAGAGUUCGUCAAAUUCUGAUGGCGUCAGGAUCCACUACAUUUACGAAGAUUGUGAACAAGUGGAAUACUGCCUUGAUAGGCCUGAUGACUUAUUUCCGUGAGGCUGUGGUAAACACACAAGAGUUGCUUGAUCUAUUGGUGAAAUGUGAAAACAAAAUCCAAACCAGAAUUAAGAUUGGUCUGAACUCUAAGAUGCCCAGUCGUUUCCCUCCUGUGGUCUUCUACACACCCAAAGAGCUUGGUGGUUUAGGAAUGUUGUCUAUGGGACACGUGCUCAUCCCACAGUCUGACCUCAGGUGGUCGAAGCAGACAGAUGUUGGCAUCACCCAUUUCCGUUCGGGUAUGAGUCAUGAGGAGGAUCAGUUGAUCCCUAACUUGUAUCGCUACAUUCAGCCCUGGGAGAGCGAGUUCAUUGACUCUCAGCGAGUCUGGGCUGAAUACGCUCUGAAAAGGCAGGAGGCCAUCGCUCAGAACAGACGUCUUACACUGGAAGACUUGGAGGAUUCUUGGGAUCGAGGCAUUCCACGAAUUAACACCCUGUUCCAGAAGGACAGGCACACCCUGGCCUAUGACAAGGGCUGGAGAGUUCGUACAGACUUCAAACAAUAUCAGGUACUAAAACAGAAUCCAUUCUGGUGGACACAUCAACGUCAUGAUGGAAAGCUUUGGAAUUUGAAUAACUACCGUACAGAUAUGAUCCAGGCACUUGGAGGAGUGGAGGGGAUUCUGGAGCACACAUUGUUCAAAGGCACAUAUUUCCCCACAUGGGAAGGUCUCUUCUGGGAAAAAGCCAGCGGCUUUGAGGAAUCGAUGAAAUGGAAGAAACUAACCAAUGCUCAGAGAUCUGGUUUGAAUCAGAUCCCCAACAGAAGGUUCACUCUCUGGUGGUCCCCUACAAUCAACCGAGCCAAUGUGUAUGUUGGUUUCCAGGUGCAGCUGGAUUUGACUGGCAUUUUCAUGCACGGCAAAAUUCCCACUUUGAAGAUCUCUUUGAUUCAGAUUUUCAGGGCUCACUUGUGGCAAAAGAUCCAUGAGAGCAUUGUAAUGGAUCUGUGCCAGGUGUUUGACCAAGAGCUGGAUGCACUAGAGAUUGAGACUGUCCAGAAGGAGACCAUCCAUCCCAGAAAGUCUUAUAAGAUGAAUUCAUCUUGUGCUGAUAUCUUGCUAUUCGCUUCCUAUAAGUGGAAUGUCUCUCGUCCUUCUCUACUGGCUGACUCCAAGGAUGUCAUGGACAGCACAACAACACAGAAGUACUGGAUUGAUAUCCAGUUGAGAUGGGGAGACUAUGACUCUCAUGACAUUGAACGAUAUGCCCGUGCAAAGUUUCUGGACUAUACCACUGAUAACAUGAGUAUCUACCCAUCACCUACUGGUGUGCUGAUUGCCAUAGACCUGGCUUAUAAUCUCCACAGUGCUUAUGGGAAUUGGUUUCCUGGUGGGAAACCUCUUAUUCAGCAAGCAAUGGCCAAGAUAAUGAAGGCUAACCCUGCUCUUUAUGUGCUGCGUGAGCGUAUCCGUAAGGGAUUGCAGCUGUACUCCUCAGAGCCCACUGAGCCUUAUCUGUCUUCUCAGAACUAUGGCGAGCUCUUCUCCAAUCAGAUCAUUUGGUUUGUGGAUGACACCAAUGUGUACAGAGUAACCAUCCACAAGACAUUUGAAGGUAACUUGACAACCAAGCCCAUAAAUGGGGCUAUUUUCAUCUUUAACCCCAGGACUGGACAGCUUUUCUUGAAGAUUAUUCACACCUCUGUUUGGGCAGGACAGAAGCGAUUGGGUCAGCUGGCCAAGUGGAAGACUGCAGAAGAAGUUGCUGCUUUGAUUCGAUCUUUGCCAGUUGAGGAACAGCCGAAACAGAUCAUUGUCACCAGGAAGGGCAUGUUGGAUCCUCUUGAGGUGCAUUUGCUUGACUUCCCAAACAUCGUGAUCAAAGGCUCUGAGUUGCAACUGCCUUUCCAGGCCUGUCUAAAGGUGGAAAAGUUUGGAGAUUUGAUUCUUAAAGCAACAGAGCCCCAGAUGGUUCUUUUCAAUCUCUAUGAUGACUGGCUGAAGACCAUUUCUUCAUACACAGCAUUCUCUCGACUGAUUCUAAUUCUGAGAGCAUUGCAUGUCAACAAUGACCGUGCAAAAGUCAUCCUAAAGCCAGACAAGACGACAAUCACUGAACCUCAUCAUAUCUGGCCCACACUGACUGAUGAGGAAUGGAUCAAGGUAGAAGUUCAGCUAAAGGAUCUGAUCUUGGCUGACUACGGAAAGAAAAACAAUGUAAAUGUUGCAUCCCUAACUCAGUCUGAAAUCAGGGAUAUCAUUUUGGGUAUGGAAAUCUCUGCACCAUCCCAGCAGAGGCAACAGAUUGCUGAGAUUGAGAAGCAGACAAAGGAACAGUCUCAGCUCACUGCUACCCAAACACGCACUGUUAACAAACAUGGAGAUGAGAUCAUCACUUCAACCACGAGUAACUACGAGACGCAGACCUUCUCCUCAAAGACCGAAUGGCGUGUCAGAGCUAUAUCGGCUGCAAAUCUUCACCUGCGAACCAACCACAUCUAUGUGUCAUCUGAUGAUAUCAAGGAAACUGGUUACACAUACAUCCUGCCUAAGAAUGUGCUGAAGAAGUUUAUUUGCAUUUCAGAUCUGCGAGCUCAGAUCGCAGGCUACUUGUACGGAGUGAGUCCACCAGAUAAUCCACAAGUGAAGGAGAUCCGUUGUAUUGUGAUGGUUCCACAGUGGGGAACUCACCAAACUGUUCACUUGCCUAAUCAGCUGCCCCAGCAUGAGUAUUUGAAGGAAAUGGAACCUCUGGGAUGGGUUCACACACAGCCAAAUGAGUCUCCACAGCUGUCUCCACAAGAUGUCACCUCUCAUGCUAAAAUCAUGGCAGACAACCCAGCCUGGGAUGGAGAAAAAACUAUAAUUAUUACCUGCAGCUUCACCCCUGGUUCCUGUACAUUAACUGCUUAUAAACUGACCCCCAGUGGAUAUGAAUGGGGAAGGCAGAACACGGAUAAAGGGAACAACCCAAAAGGCUACCUACCAUCUCAUUAUGAAAGAGUCCAGAUGCUGUUAUCUGAUCGCUUCCUAGGGUUCUUCAUGGUGCCUGGACAAGCAUCUUGGAAUUACAACUUCAUGGGUGUCAGGCAUGAUCCAAACAUGAAAUAUGAGUUGCAACUGGCUAACCCCAAGGAAUUUUACCAUGAAGUCCACCGCCCCUCGCACUUCUUGAACUUCGCCUUGUUGCAGGAGGGUGAGGUGUACUCUGCUGACCGUGAAGACAUGUAUUCCUAGUUUGUGCAUUAAAAAUAAACGUGGAACUUGGAUCACUGUUGAUAUUCAACAUAAGAAUUAUAAACAUGAGCCCAGAAUUACACAUCUCCACAGUCGUUACUUUGUUGCUGUGGUUUGUCCGGUUAAAUUCUCCAUCCCCCAUUUUUUUUUCUGACUGCAGCUGUAUAGAAAAUUGUAUGCAAUGUCUUUAUUUUCAAUAUCUUAAAAGGUAUUGUUGGAACUAGUAACAAUGUUGCUCUAAUAAAUGUUUUUUAAAUUA